ACUCGCUCAACAUUCGUCCCUUCCUUCGACUUGCUCUGGCAGCAACUCAACAACUCUUCUUGAUUCAUUUCUCUUGAAGCAGGUCUUCAUUACCUUCGAUCGAUGAUCGUCUUCUUCACGCCACUGCUGGUCAGCUUUCCAACUGUUCUACACUCGCUCGCCUAGAUUUCCUUUUCUAGAAUUCACAGAAAUGCAUCGACUCGUCCCAACAGCCGCUUCGUGCGAUCCCGCCACCGACGAAACUAUUCAGCAGCGCCUCUUCUCCAUGCACGCCGAGACUCAGAAGAUGUCUUGCCAAUAUAAACCGAGCAUGACCCCGAAAGCCAGGCCAAAUACAUCGUGUUCAAGACAUAUGAUAUCGGAAGCAGGCCGAGGGGUGCCACGCCCUCUCCAGCUCCUCUCUCCACCGAGUAGAGAAGGACGAUGGAGGCUCGAGCCAGAGACUCGCCCCUGUACGGAUGAUACAGGGUGAGCCUUUCGAUCGAUAAAAUGACCGGAAUCGUCUGUGUCAACAAGAGGUGAGGCGCUGGUCGCCUCCCCCCGCCCCCCCCCUUUUUUUCUUCUUUCUUUCUUUCUGGCGACCCGUCAUAUCUCAGCAAGGGAGCAAACGCCACCAGGACUCCAGCAAGAGCAUGCUCCGGAGAACGUUCGGUCGUUCCGCCACCAUCUCCCUCGGCCCGACGUCAUCUCUAUUAUACCAAGACGUGCAGGAGUGAGAUGCUUGGUUCACCCACACAGGUGGCUGGGAUCCUGCACUUGGACACACACGAGACAGAGUCUCGGCACUCUCUUCUAGACUUUCUUUUUUUUCUGCUUUCUUCUUUUCCUUCUCCGGCUCUUACCGCCGCGUGUCAAGAUUGGACGCUCUUUCGACCUUCUAUCCUCCAGUCCGCACAGCUGGGUCUGCUGCUUUUGGGAGGAUGGUUGAAUAGGAGGAGGAUGAUGAUGAUCAAAAGUUAUCGUCUUCGGAAAACACGGGGAACGACACCGCAGGCGGUGUUGGUAGGAGCCGCCUCUUUCACCGCUGGCCCCACAAAGAGACGUCUGGAACGUUUUCUCUUGUGUACGGGGAGAGGAACUUUAUAGACUACUUUGUUGCCCUUCAGGGCUUUCUUCCUUCCUGUUUCCUCUAUUCAAUCUGUAGAUAUUGAUUGCUUGUGGGUUGUCUGUCUCUCUGGUGAUUUACACAUUGAGGAUAUUCGUCAUAACGGCACACCACAGAGUCUUCGAAAACAUUCUAUGUACAUGUUUCAUUUGUAAUAUAUCACCGAUUAUCUUUAUAUUGGAGCCAAGUGAUUUGUAUCAUGCCUUUAUUAGCCCUUGCGAGGUCACAGCUUGGAGGUGCUCGGCGGGAAUGAGUUUUAAUUGGUGCUGUUACUCGCUGCGCCUAGAACCGUACAUAUCUCCCAUAAAUUUGACAUUUGCCAAG